GCGGGUAGGGAGCGUGUACGUGGCUUUGUGUCCUUGGCUCCUCCAGACUCUCACAUGUGCAGGCACCAUAUACUCCUGCUGCCCUUGUGCCCCAAUCAUUGCACAAACAGAAACAGCUCUGACAGAGAAGGGACUGCUAGUUAGGAACCCUAGGGCCUGGAAGGAAGGUAUGGCUCUCAGAGUGACCUGGGGUCUAUUCAGUCCCCUCUGGACCUGUUUCCCUGGCAAUGCUGUGGGAACAACAGUCUAUGUGACACAGGAGAUCUGAUGCCACCUGGUGUUCUCCAAAUUUUAAGGUGAAGGCAGGGAUUGUGAAUGAUACAGGGUUGGCCAGAAUGGUUUUUGCCUUCGUUCUUUUCCCAGGGGAACCAAGCCUGUGGGUAGGGAAAUCACACUAAGGCUGGACAGUGACUGAAUCUGGCCCAGGAGAAACUUGGCUGCCUGCCUUCCAGGCCAGGGUUUUUCUUCCUUGAGAUCCUGGAGGGGAAGUACCUGGAACUUGGGAGUGUUGCCCUGGUCUGGAAGAUCUGAUAGACAUAUCAGGGGCACCUUCAGCUUCUCCAAUCACCUGGCCAGUGGCUCUUGUUUCCAGUCCUGCUGUUCCAGGGUGGAUAGGCCUUCAGGCGGAGACCCAGGAAUCCAGCUCCAGACUCUGUCCCAGGCAGCCUCUUCAGUCCCGGACGGGACAGGAAGUGUCCGGCGGAGGUGGGGGUGGAGAUGAGCAGCAGCUGCUCAGGGCUGAGCAGGGUCCUGGUGGCCGUGGCUACAGCCCUGGUGUCUGCCUCCUCCCCCUGCCCCCAGGCCUGGGGCCCCCCAGGGGUCCAGUAUGGGCAGCCCGGCAGGUCCAUGAAGCUGUGUUGUCCUGGAGUGACUGCCGGGGAACCAGUGUCCUGGUUUCGGGACGGGGAGCCAAAGCUGCUCCAGGGACCUGACUCUGGGCUAGGGCAUGAACUGGUCCUGGCCCAGGCAGACAGCACUGAUGAGGGCACCUACAUCUGCCGGACCCUGGAUGGUGCACUUGGGGGCACAGUGACCCUGCAGCUGGGCUACCCUCCAGCCCGCCCUGUUGUCUCCUGCCAAGCAGCCGACUAUGAGAACUUCUCUUGCACUUGGAGUCCCAGCCAGAUCAGCGGUUUACCCACCCGCUACCUCACCUCCUACAGGAAGAAGACAAUCCUAGGAGCUGAUAGCCAGAGGAGGAGUCCAUCCACAGGGCCCUGGCCAUGCCCACAGGAUCCCCUAGGGGCCGCCCGCUGUGUUGUCCAUGGGGCUGAGUUCUGGAGCCAGUACCGGAUUAAUGUGACUGAGGUGAACCCACUGGGUGCCAGCACACGCCUGCUGGAUGUGAGCUUGCAGAGCAUCUUGCGUCCUGACCCACCCCAGGGCCUGCGGGUAGAGUCGGUACCAGGUUACCCCCGACGUCUGCGAGCCAGCUGGACAUACCCUGCCUCCUGGCCGCGCCAGCCCCACUUCCUGCUCAAGUUCCGUUUGCAGUACCGUCCGGCGCAGCAUCCAGCCUGGUCCACGGUGGAGCCAGCUGGACUGGAGGAGGUGAUCACAGAUGCUGUGGCUGGGCUGCCCCAUGCUGUACGAGUCAGUGCCCGGGACUUUCUAGAUGCUGGCACCUGGAGCACCUGGAGCCCGGAGGCCUGGGGAACUCCGAGCACUGGGACUGUACCAAAGGAGAUACCAGCUUGGGGCCAGCUACACACGCAGCCAGAGGUGGAGCCUCAGGUGGACAGCCCUGCUCCUCCAAGGCCCUCCCUCCAACCACACCCUCGGCUACUUGAUCACAAGGACUCUGUGGAGCAGGUAGCUGUGCUGGCAUCUUUGGGAAUCCUUUCUUUCCUGGGACUGGUGGCUGGGGCCCUGGCACUGGGGCUCUGGCUGAGGCUGAGACAGGGCGGGAAGGAUGGAUCCCCAAAGCCUGGGUUCUUGGCCUCAAUGAUUCCAGUGGACAGGCAUCCAGGAGCUCCAAACCUGUAGAGGACCCAGGAGGGCUUCCGCAGUUUCCACCUAUAAUUCUGUCUUGCUGGUGUGGAUGGAUGGACAGAUAGAAACCAGGCAGGACAGUAGAUCCCUAUGGUCGGGUCUCAGCUGGAAGUUCUGUUUGGAGCCCAUUUCUGUGAGACCCUAUAUUUCAAAUUUGCAGCUGAAAGGUGCUUGUACCUCUGAUUUCACCCCAGAGUUGGAGUUCUGCUCGAGGAACGUGUGUAAUGUGUACAUCUGUGUCCAUGUGUGACCAUGUGUCUGUGAGGCAGGGAACAUGUAUUCUCUGCAGGCAUGUAUGUAGGUGCCUGGGGAAUGUGUGUGGGUCCUUGGCUCUUGGCCUUUCCCCUUGCAGGGGUUGUGCAGGUGUGAAUAAAGAGAAUAAGGAAGUUCUUGGA